GGCUGGGGAGAUGAACGCUGCAGCCAGCAGCUACCCCAUGGCCUCCCUGUACGUGGGUGACCUGCACUCGGACGUCACCGAGGCCAUGCUGUAUGAAAAGUUCAGUCCUGCUGGGCCUGUGCUGUCCAUCCGGGUCUGCCGCGAUAUGAUCACCCGCCGCUCCCUGGGUUAUGCCUACGUCAACUUCCAGCAGCCUGCUGAUGCUGAACGGGCCUUGGAUACCAUGAACUUUGAUGUGAUUAAGGGAAAGCCAAUCCGCAUCAUGUGGUCUCAGAGGGAUCCCUCUUUGAGAAAAUCUGGUGUGGGGAACGUCUUCAUCAAAAACUUGGACAAAUCUAUAGAUAACAAGGCACUUUAUGAUACUUUUUCUGCUUUUGGAAACAUUCUGUCCUGCAAGGUGGUGUGUGAUGAGAACGGCUCUAAGGGUUAUGCCUUUGUCCACUUCGAGACCCAAGAGGCUGCCGACAAGGCCAUUGAGAAGAUGAACGGCAUGCUCCUCAAUGACCGCAAAGUAUUUGUAGGCAGAUUCAAGUCUCGGAAAGAGCGGGAAGCCGAGCUUGGAGCCAAAGCCAAGGAAUUCACCAAUGUGUAUAUCAAAAACUUUGGGGAAGAAGUGGAUGAUGAGAGUCUGAAGGAGCUGUUCAGCCAGUUUGGUAAGACCUUAAGUGUCAAGGUGAUGAGAGAUCCCAGUGGGAAAUCCAAAGGCUUUGGCUUUGUGAGUUACGAAAAACACGAGGAUGCCAAUAAGGCUGUGGAAGAGAUGAAUGGAAAAGAAAUCAAUGGGAAAGUCAUUUUUGUAGGCCGUGCACAAAAAAAAGUGGAACGGCAGGCCGAAUUAAAACGGAAAUUUGAACAGCUGAAACAAGAGAGAAUUAGUCGAUAUCAGGGGGUGAAUCUCUACAUUAAGAACUUGGAUGACACCAUUGAUGAUGAGAAGUUAAGGAAAGAGUUUUCUCCUUUUGGAUCCAUCACUAGUGCCAAGGUAAUGCUGGAGGAUGGGAGAAGCAAAGGGUUUGGCUUUGUCUGCUUCUCAUCUCCUGAAGAGGCAACCAAAGCGGUCACUGAGAUGAAUGGACGCAUCGUGGGCUCCAAGCCACUGUAUGUUGCCCUGGCCCAGAGGAAGGAAGAGCGAAAGGCUCACCUGACCAACCAAUAUAUGCAGCGGGUGGCCGGAAUGAGAGCACUCCCUGCCAAUGCCAUCUUAAAUCAAUUCCAGCCUGCAGCUGGCGGCUACUUUGUGCCAGCAGUUCCACAGGCUCAAGGAAGACCUCCAUAUUAUACACCUAACCAGUUAGCACAGAUGAGGCCUAAUCCACGCUGGCAGCAAGGUGGGAGACCUCAAGGCUUCCAAGGAAUGCCAAGUGCUAUACGCCAGUCUGGGCCUCGUCCAGCUCUUCGCCAUCUGGCUCCAACUGGUAAUGCUCCGGCCUCUCGUGGCCUCCCUACUACCGCUCAGAGAGUCGGGUCUGAGUGCCCGGACCGCUUGGCUAUGGACUUUGGUGGGGCUGGUGCCGCCCAGCAAGGGCUGACUGACAGCUGCCAGUCUGGAGGUGUUCCUACAGCGGUGCAGAACUUAGCACCUCGUACUGCUGUGGCUACCGCUGCUCCUCGGGCUGUUGCACCUUACAAGUAUGCCUCCAGUGUCCGCAGCCCUCACCCUGCCAUACAGCCACUGCAGGCACCUCAGCCUGCAGUCCACGUGCAGGGCCAGGAGCCCCUGACCGCCUCCAUGCUGGCUGCAGCACCCCCCCAAGAACAGAAGCAGAUGCUGGGAGAACGUUUGUUCCCACUCAUCCAAACCAUGCAUUCAAAUUUGGCUGGAAAGAUUACGGGAAUGCUGUUGGAGAUCGACAACUCCGAGCUGCUACACAUGCUAGAGUCCCCCGAGUCUCUCCGCUCCAAGGUGGAUGAAGCUGUGGCGGUUCUACAGGCUCAUCAUGCCAAGAAAGAAGCUGCCCAGAAGGUGGGCGCUGUUGCUGCUGCUACCUCUUAGACAAGGAAAAACCGAUUCUAAAGCCAAAUAACCCCUCAUGGAAUUCAGCUCAAGGUUUGAAGACUUCCUAGCUUGUCCUAUGGACCUCAACACCAAGAACCACAAAUUGCAAAUUUAAUAGGUCAUUUUGUAUCAAAAGGUCAAUUAUGAAGCACCUAGAAUUUUUCAAUUAAAAAAUAUAUCCUCUGGGUUCUGCUGUGACCCAGACAGUGUUAACUUUUUUUUUCCUAUUGUGGGUUUUGAUUCCCCCCCGCCGCCAAAUUGGUUUUAUUUGAUGUACCCAAGUCUUAAGUUUCUCAAUAAAGAAAAAAAUCUCCAUAAAA